AUGACAAAAGACGGAGCAAAGAUCCAGAUGACAAAGACGAGCAAAGAUCCAGAUGACAAAAGACGGAGCAAAGAUCCAGAUGACAAAAAUGACAAAAGACGGAGCAAAGAUCCAGAUGACAAAAGACGGAGCAAUGAUCCAGAUGACAAAAGACGGAGCAAAGAUCCAGAUGACAAAAGACGGAGCAAAGAUCCAGAUGACAAAAGACGGAGCAAAGAUCCAGAUGACAAAAGACGGAGUAAAGAUCCAGAUGACAAAAGACGCAGCAAAGAUCCAGAUGACAAAAUUUCUUGCUUGUUUUUUUCUCUUUCUUCUUUUUCUUCUCUUUUUCUUUCUUCUUUUCUUCCUUCUCUUUCACUUUAUUCUUCUUUUCCUUCUCUUGCUCUUCUUUCUUCUAUUUCUCUCCUUUUUCUUUUUCUUCUUUUUCUUUCUCUUCUUUUUUUCUUCCUCUUUCUUUUUUUUCUUCUUCUGUCCUUUCUCUUUUUUCUUCUUUUCUUUAUCUUUCUUCUCUUCUGUCUCUCCCUCUUUCUUCUUCUUUUCCUUCUAUUUCUCUUUCUUAUUCUCUCUUUUCUCUUUCUUCUUUUUCUCUUUCUCUUCCUUUUUUCCUUCCUCUUCUUUUUCUUCUUCUCUCCUUGCUCUUUCUUUCUUCUUCUCUUUCUCUUCCUUUUUUCCUUCCUCUUCUUUUUCUUCUUCUCUCCUUACUCUUUCUUCUUUUUCUCUUUCUCUUCCUUUUUUCCUUCCUCUUCUUUUUCUUCUUCUCUCCUUUCUCUUUUUCUUCUUCUCUUUAUCUUUCUUCUCUUCUGUCUCUAUCUCUAUUUCUUCUUCUCUUCCUUCUAUUUCUCUUUCUUCUUCUCUCUUUUUUCUUUCUUCUUUUUAUCUUUCCCUUCCUUUUUUCCUUCCUCGUUCUUCUUUUUCUUCUUCCCUCCUUUCUCUUUUUUCUUCUUCUCUUUAUCUUUCUUCUCUCCUUUCUCUUUUUUCUUCUUCUCUUUAUCUUUCUUCUCUCCUUUCUCUUUUUUCUUCUUCUCUUUAUCUUUCUUUUUUCCUUCCUCUUCUUUUUCUUCUUCUCUCCUUUCUCUUUCUUCUUUUUCUCCUUCUCUUCCUUUUUCUUUCCUCUUUCUUCUUUUUCUUCUUCUCUCCUUUCUCUUUUUUCUUCUUCCCUUUAUCUUUCUUCUCUUCUCUCUCUCUCUUUUUUCUUCUCUUCCUUCUAUUUCUCUUUCUUCUUCUCUCCUUUUUCUUUUUUCUUUUUAUCUAUCCCUUCCUUUUUUCCUUCCUCUUUCUUCUUUUUCUUCUUCCCUCCUUUCUCUUUUUUCUUCUUCUCUUUAUCUUUCUUCUCUCCUUUCUCUUUUUUCUUCUUCUCUUUAUCUUUCUUUUCUUCUGUCUCUCCCUCUUUCUUCUUCUCUUCCUUCUAUUUCUCUCCUUUCUCUUUCUUCUUCUUCUCUUUCUCUUGCUUUUUUCCUUCCUCUUCUUUUUCUUCUUCUCUCCUUUCUCUUUCUUCUUUUUCUCUUUCUCUUCCUUUUUCCCUUCCUCUUUCUUCUUUUCUUCUUCUCUCCUUUCUCUUUCUUUCUUCUUCUCUUUAUCUUUCUACUCUUCUGUCUCUCCCUCUUUCUUCUUCUCUUCCUUCUAUUUCUCUUCCUUCUUCUCUCUUUUCUCUUUCUUCUUUUUCUCUUUCUCUUCCUUUUUUCCUUCCUCUUCUUUUUCUUCUUCUCUCCUUUCUCUUUUUUUCUUCCUCUCUUUAUCUUUCUUCUCUUCUGUCUCUCUCUCUUUGUUCUUUUCUUCCUUCUCAUUCUUUUUUCUUCUUUCUCUUUUUCCUUUUCUUCUUUCUCUUUUUGGUUUUUUUUUUGGCAUUUUUUUUUAGUCACAUGUCUUUCUUCUCUUUCAUCAUCAUCUUGUUUUCAUCUUCUUUUCUUUCUUCAUCUUCUUUUCUUCAUCUUUUUCUCUUUCAUCAUCAUCUUUUCUUCAUCUUUUUCUCUUUCAUCAUCUACUUCUCUUCAUCUUCUUUUCUUUCUUCAUCAUGUUUUCUUCAUCUCUUUCAUCAUCAUCUUCUCUUUCUUCAUCUUUUUUCUUCAUCUUCUCUUUCAUCAUAAUCUUUUCUGCAUCUUUUUCUCUUUCAUCAUCUUCUCUUCAUCUUCUUCUCUUUCUUUAUCAACUUUUCUUCAUCUUCUUUUCUUCAUCUUCUCUUUCUUCAUCUUCUUUUCUUCAUCAUCUUCUCUUUCUUCAUCUUCAUUUUUUCAUCUUCUCUUUCUUCAUCUUCUCUUUCCUCAUCUUCUUUUCUUCAUCUUCUUCUCUUUCAUCAUCAACUUUUCUUCAUCUUCUCUUUCUUUAUCAACUUUUCUUCAUCUUCUUUUCUUCAUCUUCUCUUUCUUCAUCUUCUUUUCUUCAUCAUCUUCUCUUUCUUCAUCUUCAUUUUUUCAUCUUCUCUUUCUUCAUCUUCUCUUUCCUCAUCUUCUUUUCUUCAUCUUCUUCUCUUUCAUCAUCAACUUUUCUUCAUCUUCUCUUUCUUUAUCAACUUUUCUUCAUCUUCUUUUCUUCAUCUUCUCUUUCUUCAUCUUCUUUUCUUCAUCAUCUUCUCUUUCUUUAUCAACUUUUCUUCAUCUUCUUUUCUUCAUCUUCUCUUUCUUCAUCUUCUUUUCUUCAUCAUCUUCUCUUUCUUCAUCUUCUUUUCUUCAUCUUCGCUUUCUUCAUCUUCUCUUUCUUCAUCUUCUUCUCUUUCUUCUUCAUCUUUUCUUCAUCAUCUUCUCUUUCUUCAUCUUUUCUUCAUCAUCUUCUCUUUCUUCAUCUUCUUUUCUUCAUCAUCUUUUCUUCAUCUUCUCUUUCUUCAUCUUCUUUUCUUCAUCUUCUUUUCUUCAUCUUCUUUUUCUUCAUCUUCUCUUUCUUUUCUUCAUCUUCUUUUCUUCAUCUUCUCUUUCUUCAUCUUCUUUUCUUCAUCAUCUUCUCUUUCUUUAUCAACUUUUCUUCAUCUUCUUUUCUUCAUCUUCUCUUUCUUCAUCUUCUUUUCUUCAUCAUCUUCUCUUUCUUCAUCUUCUUUUCUUCAUCUUCGCUUUCUUCAUCUUCUCUUUCUUCAUCUUCUUCUCUUUCUUCUUCAUCUUUUCUUCAUCAUCUUCUCUUUCUUCAUCUUUUCUUCAUCAUCUUCUCUUUCUUCAUCUUCUUUUCUUCAUCAUCUUUUCUUCAUCUUCUCUUUCUUCAUCUUCUUUUCUUCAUCUUCUUUUCUUCAUCUUCUUUUUCUUCAUCUUCUCUUUCUUUUCUUCAUCUUCUUUUCUUCAUCUUCUCUUUCUUCAUCUUCUUUUCUUCACCUUCUUCUCUUUCUUCAUCUUCCUUUUCCCAACAUUAUUUGCUUCAUCGUCAUUUUUCUUUUCUUUCUUUAUCUCAAUGUUUUCUUACCCCUCUUCUUUUUCUUCUUUUUCCUACAUGACAUCCUCCCUCAUCCUUCUCUAUCUCAAUAAUCCAUCCAAUUAA